AUGAUCAACCAGAGGUACAAAAAACCACUUGCAUAUAAGUGGUCUCGACAAAGGGUUCAUGAGAAUGAUGCUCGAAAAAAUAUGAUCUUUUGUAGAGAUGUUUUAGACAAUCUACAACCUUAUCAGAUUAUUUGGGAGCCUUAUUCUCAAGAAGUUCUUAAUGCACUGCCUGAAUGGUGUCGACGAGGGCAGAAUGUGUGGAUGGUGAAGGUGCCACUUAUUUUCGGAAUAUAUCCUGAGGAAGCUCAACAUCUAAAAAAGUUGAUACAAGACUAUAUUGCUUCUUUCAUCAAAGUAGGAGAUAAGGAAAAAGAAUUGGGACGCACUACCAUUGAACCAGAGGUUUUCAAAAAGACUCAUGUCAGGAAGAAAGAAAAUAAGUCAGAUCCGGAUGUGUGGGUGGAGGAAAGGGCCGAACGAACUUUUAAUGACUUUCAUAAGUACGUCGCUGAGAAUCUAGAUAGUUCGGUUCAAUUGACACCUGAACUGUCCACUCAGAUUUGGAAAGAAAAAGUGGUAGGGGGGACACAUAAGGGUAGAUGUUAUGGUCUAGGCUCUCGCAACGAUGUUAGACGCCUUCAGUCAGGCUUAGAAGGUAUUGGAUCGUCACGUCAAGCUGAGGCACUUGACGGUGUUCAGAUUGCUGCUAUGUCGGAUCAAAUAACUAAACUUACAGCGGCACUAGCAAAGUCGGAGUGGAAAAGAGUAGCUGAACAACAAAGCAUGAGUGAGACCGUUUAGCAAAUCAAAGAACAAGUGAUGAACCUCGCUCGUCGACCUACUACUUCGGCUUCCGAUGACACCGACGACGAGAGUGAUGAGGAUGAUUAUGUAGAUCUCACUCCCUAGUUUAGAUCUCUGGACAUUUAUGAACUUUUUGAAAUUUUAAAACGAAUUUUAAAAGACUUUAUAAGUCUUUAAUUUAUGAUUUAAAUACUUUUGAAUGUUAUUUUAAGUUUGUUAUUUUAUGUUUUGUUUAGACU